AUGUCAUCUAAUCCAGUCUCCUUCCGAGACACAUCCGGUUCCGACCUCCAGGUGGGAAUUAACCACGGUUCCAUCCUCUACCAGAAAUACCCAGAUCCCUUCGAUCUCGACGAAUAUGCAUUUCACAACGACGCCUUUGAUAGAAACUAUGUUCCACACACCUGCGACUGGCUACGCGAUACACACGAGUAUCAGCAGUGGGCGGCAAGCAUGCAGCAAACGGCGUAUCUAUGGGUCCAUGGACAUGCGGGCUGUGGAAAGACGUAUCUCUUAACACGAGCAAUCCAGCAUCUCUCUAUACGAAGCGAUAUCCACCUCUUAUAUUUCUACAUCGCCAUCGACGGACCGAAAGACGAACGCAGCCUGCUCUUGACCUUUCUUAAACAACUCAAGAAACAAGGCAAAUUGAAUCCAAUACCGGGCAAGUUCCGAGUGGAUUCUAAACUAGAGGAUCUACGAGAGUACGUCUGGUCGUAUAUCCAGAACGAGGCCACCUCACCCGUAUACAUAAUCAUCGACGGAUUGGACGAAUAUGACAGAGAAGAUCGCACCAAUCUUAUUUCCACUCUUAUCGCCCGGUGCAAAUCCAGGCGGUGCCUGUUCAAGAUACUGAUUAGCUCGCGCAACACGGAUGAUUUACCCAGGGUUCGACAAGAGGAAGGCCGUAGGACUGGAAUCUAUACCGUGCAGGCUGGGCGCCAGAACACGGCACGGGAUAUUCGACGGUUUGUUGUCAGUCAACUGGAUAUCAUGUAUCGGGAGCAACCUCGCCACCCGUUGAAAUGUCGGGAGGUGAUAUUAGACAAGCUGACAGGCAAUGCGAAGGGAAUGUUCCUGUGGGUGAGCUUGCAGAUGAAAGCUUUGCGAAGGGAGGAUCCUACCCAGUUGGAAAGAUCCGUGAAGAACCUCGUAUAUCCCAAAGAUAUGAGCGGCUACUACAGCAACAUACUGGGAGAAAUCAACGCAAAUUCAAAUAACGGAAAGAUUGCAAGAAAGGUCUUGACUUUGCUCAUCGACGUCAGACCAAUUUCGGUUACGACAAUGUCUGAGGCAGCAGCCAUCUGCAUCGCAGAGAAGGAUGGAAACAAUGAAAAGAAGACAAUGGAUCAAAAGAAGCAAGAAAAACAAGACAUGGCCGCGAUGUUUGAUCAGGAGCAUGAGAAACUCAGAAAUGACCCCGACAGCAUUGUUCGCAUGUGCAAGGAUCUGGUAGUCAUCGAUCAGGGAUGGAAUGCCUUUCGCUUUGUCCAUGGAUCUGUUCUCGAGUUUCUCAACACCCACCCUGACCAUCUCACCAAUAUGGCAUGGCAGGAGACAUCUUCUAGCUCACUGUUGGCACAGAUGUGCCUGUCUUAUAUCUGCCUGCGGGGAAGUGGUCAGCCAUCCCACAAAGACCUUCGCUUUUCCAACGUUGGAUCUGCCGGAAAGGAAGGCACACAGUCAUUCCUUCACUUGGCAUCGACGUGUUGGCCUCAUUAUGCUCGAGCUUGUAUGGUAGACUCAAAGACCGCUCUGCAGAUCCAACCUCUUCUCCUCAACCUGUGCGAGAACAGAGACAUCAUGUUGCAUUCAUUCCGAAUUUUGCUAUCGAGCCAGCACAUGAACUUUGUGGACGAUCUCAGUCAAACCCAUAUCAUCAGCUAUCUCGGCCUUUUUAAUUACCUCGACAACUUGAAAGCCCGCUCCCUGUUAGAAAGUAAUGCCCGGGACUCCAAAGGCUAUACACCAAUGCACUGGGCCGUUCAUGGUGACCACAACACGGCACAGACGAUAAGAGCAUUAAUUCAGCAUGGAGCAGACAUAUGUGCCCAGGACAACAACGGCCACAUACCCCUUUUCUAUGCAUCCCAGCGAGGCGAUAUCGAAAGCGUUCAAUUGAUCCUUGAGACACAGAAUCGGAAAUCUCGCUCUUUCAGAAAACAGCUCGGACUGUGCGUGAUCGAAGCGUCGUACCAAAGCCAUGCAGCAGUCGUACGAGAGUUGAUCAAGCAUGGUGCGGAUGUCACAGUCACAAAUCAUCUGGGUACUGCAUUACAUGCAACCGCUUCACAGGGCUCUUAUGACUGUGCUGAAGAAAUUUUAAAAAGUCGACGACCUCGGUCGUUGGAUGUUCUCAAUGGGCCCAUCGGCACUCCUCUCCACGAGGCUGCAUUUUACGGUCGGGCAUCAAUCGUGAAAAUGCUCUUGGCCAAAGGAUUUAGUAUACAUCGCAAGAGCAAGCAGUAUGGUAGUCCACUGCAGGCCGCCGCCAGUGGAUGCUUUCUAGGUCGGGAUUCGACACCGUUUAAGGAGAUGUUUCAGCUCUUGUUAGAACGAGGAGCUGAUGUCAAUGCCCACGGAGGAAGGUUCGCCACUGCCUUACAUGCUACUGCCUUUUACGGCCAUGUAGACUUGGCUGAGAUGUUGGUGGAGAAGGGCGCAGAUAUCAAUAGCAAGGCACAUCUGGGAACGCCCUUUCAGGCGGCACAAGUAGGGGAGAGUCAAGAGAUGAUGGACUUUCUCAGAGAGCAGGGUGCGGACACGACUCCUCUUGCCCCUGCGGAGGUCUCCAAAAUGGCCAGUAUCCUGAGACAGAAUUAUGGCCACGAUGCAACCCCCGGCAACCGAGGAAUUCUGAGAGUCGCCCUCGAUGCUCCGGUCAAGAUGUUGAUGGAUUCAAUCAAACGGGGAAACGAAGAGCGUUUUGACCACUUCGUGAGUCUGUACUUGGGGGGCUUUAAAACAGCGAUCAACGUGAGACAGAUGGCUCUCAUUCGAUCGCUGGCUUCAGUCGGUGAAGAGGUUUUCAAGCAGACGGCUUUCUUGACCGUCGAUCUUGACUAUCAACAUAGCCCCGAUCGGGACGCGAGCCAAAUCAGCUGUUGCGCAUUGAUUAUCAUCACAUUCCUCAAGCCGCUAGCGAUGGCUUCCCGAACGGCAAACCAACGUCUGAGAUACACCAAGCCAAAGGAGAUGAUCAGUAACACCGAGUCCACCCCUCGACCGGUGCAACGAACAAGUACCCAAGAUGUCCGGCGCACCAGAUUUGCCUUCAAGGCGUUAGAUCGUGUUGCUGAUGUAGCGAUCUCCAUCCUAGCUCAUGCAAUCGAGAAUAAGGAUGAUGAGAUCACGCGUCUUGUAUCGAUUGCGUGGACAGACGCACUUUAUAGCGUCCAGCGAGCCGCAGGUGAAGACCUGAUCAGAACACUGCUCGACCUCCGUCUGAAGGAGCUGGAAGCUAGUUUAAGCACCAACCAGAUAGAAACUGCACAAAUGCUGGGCCGAAGCUCUGUACAAAUGCUCUCGAUUGCCAUCGAGAACCGUGCUCAGUAUACCUCCUUUGUUAAACUGUUUGCACAUUUCUGCAGCUCCGCCUUUCGGUAUAUUGAGCAGCUGGGUGUCAGUUCUGACCGCGACUGCCUGGGUCAAAUGCUGGUGGCGACCUUCCCAUGGAUCAUCUCAUCAGUUUACGAGGAUGAGGAUGUUGAGCGAUACACGGUGGUUGUUGGGGAAUUGACUCCCCAUAUGGUCCGCGAUGGUUAUGAAAGCAUGUUGGGCACAUUGACUGACAAAUAUGUUAACAUGCUACGCGUGGCCUUUGGCCAGCGGCAUCCUGAUCAUGGGGCUUUUCUAGUUCGCGACCCAGUCAGUUUUCUUCAUGAUUCCCGCUGUGUCUACGUAUACACAUUUGGCUGA